AUGACAUGGAACUUUGUUAGCGUUGCUAAUUCUGCUUGCAGAUAUAUCUGCUCAAUUCUUCUCUGUUCAUAUAGCUGCUAUAUUUUAAGCAGGCUUGGGUUUCAUUUAAACGUACUCAAUUUAUAUAUAGCUACGUCAAUUUAUACAGCUAUUUCAGCUACAAUGAGUUUCCUUACAGGAUUGGUGCCUGUACUUUUAGCUGGAUUUAUUAUAAUUUACCCAGGAGUAGCGCCUGAAUUGACACCAGGGUAUGAAAAGUCUAACUUAGUCUUCACAUCUUUGAUUAAGUUGUUUUCGAUUCAGGUUGUCGCCUUGAAAAGAAACGAGGUGGUUCCUGGUAUGAAAAUCAGACCCCUAUACGGAAUAGCUACAUGUCAAAUAGUGUUCGCUGCAUUGACCUUCUAUUGUGUUAACAUCGCGAGUGCCUUACAGGUAUUAUAUAUACUAGCAUUAGCCGCCUGUACGUUGGCUGUAAUCAUUCCACUAGAUGAAGUGAUGGCUAGGAUACAAGAGCACGGAUUGACACGAGGGAAUAUUACAGCUGCAUUGUUUGCUCUCUUGUUUAUAGCACACCCUAUUGGGGAUUGGUUACCAGGUCUGUAUGGGUCCAUCAUAGUAUUCGCGUCUUUGAUUAAGCUUUGUUGUAUUCAGGUGGUCGUAGCCGUUAAGAAGAAGCUGAGGGCUUUUUCGUUCAGAAUUUGGCCCCUAUACGGUAUAGCUAUAAGUCAAAUAAUGCGCGCUACAUCGACCUUCUAUUUGAUGGAUAGCAGUCCAAUGAUCUGUUUGGCCAUAAAUAUAUUAGGUAUAUUAGUAAUUGGCGCCUGUGCGGGUUUUAUGAACAAAGAUCCUUUUCCAAAGAAUAUUUCUUCAUCAGAGGAUAGUGAUGUAUCAACAUAUGAUGUAAAAAAUUAG